UGUCGAUUCUACGCGCGUGAUAUACGUGUGGUUUGUGUCAAAUGGUACUGGAUUUCCAUUGCUUAACAUGCUAAUGAGUGAAGCAUUUAAAUAUAGUUCAACUUGACGAUGAAAUUUCAGGCAACGCAAAUUCUUCUUCUCGACUGUGUAGACAAAUGCUUAAAAAUGACGUUAUGAUAAACGGUAUGUAAGUACUUGAAUAUAAUUGAAUUCGGAUUCUGUCAGAUUUAGUAUGUUAAGGAAGAGUGGCCAAGCUGUUGCUUAUAAUUUUCUCAAUAAUUUCGAUUUCGACUGGCAAGCGACAAAGUUAACGAUCAAGGAUCGUGUAGCUCAUUUAUAUAACAACGACUUGAUGAGUGAUGUUAUAUUUGUUGUGAAAGAUGACAACAAACUCUCGCCCAGUCGUGUACCUGCACAUAAAUUUGUCCUGGCGGCAAGCAGUUCUGUGUUUUUUGCCAUGUUCUAUGGGCCAAUAGCAGAGGCAGACACGGAGAUUGAAGUAGUGGACUGCGAAAAUACAGACUGCUUGCUAGAAUUUUUCAAGUUUAUCUAUACCGAUGAAGUUUUUUUAAAUUGGGACAAUUCUUUUAACAUUCUUUACUUGUCGAAGAAAUACAUGAUUCCCUCGUUGACAAAUCGCUGCUGCGAGUACUUGGCGAAGACCUUAACAAAGGAAAACGUCUUGGCCGUGUUGCAGCAGUCGGUAAAACUGGAUGAAGAAGGACUCACAGAAAGAUGUCUAGAAUUCAUCCAACCAGUCAUAACGCAAGUGGUCGAAAUGGAGUCAUUCUUAUACCUGGACCUGAACACACUCAAAGUUAUCUUGCAGGAAGAUAGAUUGCAGGUCGCUGAGAUCAAUCUUUUCUUGGCAGUGCUAAGAUGGUGCAAAAGUAAAGUUCUAAGAAGAAAGAUGACGGAAGGGCCCGAAUCCUGGAAGAAAGUUCUCGGGGAUGUUAUUUAUCUUAUCAGGUUUCCCUGUAUGACAAGCCAGGAAUUUGCCACUCACUGCAUAUUUUCUGGACUCUUAACUUUGGAUCAAAUUCGCGAUAUAUCGUACCUGACAAUCUUACCACACGGUAUUCACGCAGCUGACAUCAUCAAACGGAUUCCAUUUCCAUUUACCAAGCGGAUCAUGUACCCAACAAUGAUGUCCUUAAACCGACUUGGCCAGGGUCGUACAAUGCAAAAUUGGUCUUAUAAAGGCGCUCCGGACGCACUUGAUUUCACUGUGAAUAAAAGAAUUAGUAUGUGUGGAAUCAGUCUGUUUGGUGAGCCGGCCCUGCAACAUCUUGAGGUUUCUGUUAACACUGGAGAAUGGAUUGUUAAGCCAGAGAUUUCAGUUGGAAUGCCUGAUUCUGGACCAACCGAAGGGUCAUAUCGAGUUAUGUUUAGUCAACCUGUUCGGAUUUUGCCAUUCAAAGUCCACACAUUGGUGGUAAUAAUCAAGAGCCCUCAGUCUAAAUUUGCUAAGUAUAAUACAUCCACAUACACAUGCGAUAAUGUUGUAUUUACGUUUAAUUCCAGCAAUGAAUCCGGGAAUGGCACUAGCUCCACUCGUGGACAGUUCCCAGAGUUUCUCUUCAGAAUCAACUAACUAAAGACCCUUUAGCAAGUCUUAACCAAACUUCCCUGUUGAAAGAAGUCAUUUUUGUGGA